AUGAAUUCUAACAGUUUUUCUAGUGUGUCCAAAACUAUAGGAAAGAUGGUGGUGGAGAAUAGAGGAGUGCUAAGAAAGGUGAUCUCUCUAGGUGUGAACCCACUCCCCAAAAUCAUGAGAAAGGCAGGGGAUGGUCAUUUCCAAGGAUCCCAGUUUUUAAUGUUAUUUGACUCGUCUGCAACUGUUCAGAGUGAAAUUCUGAGAUCUCUCAGAAACGAUCCGAGAGUUUUGAGGGUUAACGUGUUCAAAGUGAACGAUAGCACAAACUUGAACGUUGCUUCCUCUGUGGAAAGAGCUAGAGCUUCGUUUUAG